AUGCUACCUGCUCUCCCAUUCUGGAGCAGGGGACAACAGUACCAGCUGUCCCACUCUGGACCAGGAGACAACAGUACCAGCUCUCCCACUCUGGAGCAGGAGCCAACAGUACCAGCUCUCCCGUUCUGGAGCAGGAGCCAACAGUACCAGCUCUCCCACUCUGGACCAGGAGACAACAGUACCAGCUCUCCCACUCUGGACCAGGAGCCAACAGUACCAGCUCUCUCACUCUGGACCAGGAGCCAACAGUACCAGCUCUCCCACUCUGGACCAGGAGACAACAGUACCAGCUCUCCCACUCUGGAGCAGGAGCCAGGACAGCAUCUCUCCCCUGUCAGAUCCCCAGCCAGGACAGCAUCUCUCCCCUGUCAGAUCCCCAGCCAGGACAGCAUCUCUCCCCUGUCAGAUCCCCAGCCAGGACAGCAUCUCUCCCCUGUCAGAUCCCCAGCCAGGACAUCACCUCUCCCCUGUCAGAUCCCCAGCCAGGACAUCACCUCACCCUGUCAGAUCCCCAGCCAUGACAGCAUCUCUCCCCUGUCAGAUCCCCAGCCAGGACAGCAUCUCUCCCCUGUCAGAUCCCCAGCCAGGACAGCAUCUCUCCCCUGUCAGAUCCCCAGCCAGGACAGCAUCUCUCCCCUGUCAGAUCCCCAGUCUGGACAGCAUCUCUCCCCUGUCAGAUCCCCAGCCAGGACAGCAUCUCUCCCCUGUCAGAUCCCCAGCCAGGACAGCACCUCUCCCCUGUCAGAUCCCCAGCCAGGACAUCAUCUCUCCCCUGUCAGAUCCCCAGCCAGGACAGCAUCUCUCCCCUGUCAGAUCCCCAGCCAGGACAGCAUCUCUCCCCUGUCAGAUCCCCAGCCAUGA